UUCGUUUUUCAUUCCUAUUUCAUUGCCCCAAAUUUUUCUUUCCCUCCCCCUUCGCGUUCAGCCACCGCUCAUUAGCACCGGCGCCGACCUCCUCCCUUUCCAUCCCAUCCCACGCGACGCUUUUUGUCCUUCCCACCAGCCAUAAGCACUCGCGCCGACCUCCUCCCUCCUCCAUCCGACAAACUCCCGGCACCACCGACGACCCACAGUCGAACGCCGGCAUCAUUGCUCUCCUUCCCCGUUUGCGUGAGUCUCUUCAAGCGCUUCUUGAUUUGUUAUGCUGAAACGGAGUUGCGUCCAUUUGAUUAGAUCCCCAGCCAUGGGAGAUACCCAUCUUCUCUAAUGCUUUGCUGCUUUUAUUUUGGUCAAUUUUUUUGGCUUUGUUUUGGUUGGAUUUUCAAUUGUUUGCAUUUCCCAGCGAUCUUUUUGUUUUGGGGGUAGGAUAUCUCAUUGAGCAUCGGAUUUAAAAGUUCCUUUCUUGUGACUUCACUUUCUUUUAUCAACUGACUUUGCUGGCGUUGAGUCUUAUUUUUUCGGCUAAGAAUGGUGUGGGGUUUAACUUGGAAAGAUAGUGACCUUUUGCUUCUGUUACUGGCUACUCAAGUUUUGAUCUAAUUUGCGGUAAAACUAUGCUUGGUCAGCUGUUACAAUUAUUGAUGCUUCAUUUCUGAAUGUUUGAUGUUGUCUCAUGGCUUCAUGUUGUGACCGAGUGGAUGUUGUGGCUAAUGGGUUUCGCCAUGUUUAUGCACUACUCGAUAAUACCUCUCUUUCCUUCCUUAUUUCUUUUAAUUUGGGUUUGACAGAGAGAUGGGACACAUCUCAAGUUUGUGCGUGAAUCAAACCCAUCAGCGCCGUUCAUUUUUAAUCAAUGCUGAAUGUGUUAGAUUCACGCACAAACUCGUGAUCUGUCUCCUCGACAACACCUGCUCAUUUUUCAAUCCAGAUUUCACAAGCUUUUUACUUUUGGCGCCAAUUCCGAUUCUACCUUUUUCCCUCUUAAGAAAAAUCGAGGACGUUCGGAGGAGAGGGAAAAAAUAGUAAUCAGAUCGGAUGGCUUCGGGGUCAACGGCUGGGACGGAUGACGAUUAUGAGGCGUUGAUUUCGACGACCGACGUGGAGCUCCUCAAGAGGGUGUGGCGUAACGAGAAGGCCGCCCCAGAGAUCCUUCGCUUCGAGACUGCUCUGAUUCAGCGAACCAGAGGGCAGAUCCAGUUGAUGGAAGAAACCAUUGAGGAAUUUUCAAGUAGUGGGAUUGAUCCUCUAACGGUAUCACUCUACCAGAUGGACUUGGAUAGGACUCAGUAUUUAUUGAGAUCGUACCUUCGGACUCGCCUCCAAAAGAUUGGAAAGUACAUGUUCCAUAUCUCAAAUAAUCCUGAAGUUCAGAACCGGCUUUCUGAACAAGAGAAAGGGUUUGCCAAAAGGUGUACUGAGGAUAUGGAGAGACAUCUUGAAGAGAGUGUUCUGUCAAAAUUGCCUGAUAAUUAUCGGGAUAUACUAAAGCAGUCCAUAAUAAGUGAAGAGAAUGACAUGGUCCCAGAGCCGCAGUUGGACACCUUCGUUGUGUGCAAGAGCAGGAGAUUUCUGGGACCUUUCCAGCUUGAUGGCAGCGAUGAACUGCUGGAGAUGAAGCCUGACGAUCUUUGUAUAAUACAUUACAAGUCAAUAAAGGAGCGUGUACAGGAAGGGGAAAUUGAUUUGGUCUGAGAAUUUUCCGUUAUUCAGAAAGAUGUGCUGCUAAGUGAAGAAAGCCGCGAUGUUGUAACACAUGUAAUUCUAAUUGCUACUUUUUCAUCAUUCAACCAAAUGAAUGUCAUGGCGGUUUGAUUGAUUGUGUUAUUUUAUGACAUUUGCUAUAUAAGGUUGAAUUGUUACCAAGAAUGUUGAGGCACAACCUUAGUCUGACAGACAGGUUAACCUGGAUCUGUAUGUUUCCCACCCGAGAAAGGGUGUGUAAUUAGCGGUUCCAUCUUUAUUGAGUGAAAAGAUGCGAAGCCUAUUUGGCUAUGUUGUAUGAAAAAUUAUCAUCCAUCAAAUUAAUAUUAGUUCCCAAGG